AUGCCAGACAACGGUUUUAAUCAGCUUCGAUCCCUAAGCCCCCUGGUCAACGCCAUCAAGCUCGGGAAACUAAGUAUUGUCAAGAAACUGAUCGAAUACCUCCGCUAUUCUCCACUCACACAGGCGCAUGGAUAUGCUCUGCUCAAAACUCCAUCGACAAAUUUUCCUAUUUACAAAGCAAUUCAAAUGUUGAUUACUUACAACAGAGAUGACAUUCUGUUCAGGCUCGCAAAGUUAAUACGCCACAAAUUUGGCAGAAUUGACCUCGCAGAUUUCGACGUUUGCGUCCGCCUGGUGGCCAGGACCUCCAACAUCAGAGUAGUAAGAUCUCUCUUCGGCAUUCCAGCCUCACCAGCGUGGACAUUGACCCCGAACACCAUGUGUACGAUUUGCAAUUCUGCGGAUUAUGAUCUGAUAUACUUCGCAUUUCAUGAAGCUGACUGUGCCAACCAAUGUAUAAAUUCACGAGGGCAUCCCUUGCACAUCGCUGUUCGGGCUGUACUCGAAGCCACACGAGCGGUUCACGACACUGAAAAAUACGAUAUUAACGAGCGCGUGAUCUAUACAUUCAAGAGCUACUGGAACGAACCUGUGACAGCGCUUGAUAUAGCAAAUUUUUACGAGAACCAUGCGAUAAUAAAAUGGCUCUUGGACUACGGAGCCAACUAUCCGAGAAGGUUCCCUUAUUCGCAUAUUUCCGGCAGAAUAUACAACUGCAUACGAGAUCGAGCUAUCGUGGAUGACCCAGGAAUGAGAGAUUCACCGUCUUAUGGGCAGUAUCAGAGUAUGAGUGUAGAGGCGCGGGAGAGAUUUGUAUUUGGCCUUGAUCAGUAG